AUGCAGCACCACACGGGCGAUAGAAAAAGCCAAACUGCAAUUGUUCUGACUGAUUCGGAGGCAGAGGAGCCCCAAGAAGGGCUUCCGACGCCACGACGAAGUCGAAGGCUGCAAAGCGGAGAAGCCUUUAGAGGCAAUGAGGAACUACUUGGAACCGUUUCCCUUCGCCGACGGCGCAGGCGCCCUGUGAAGCUGCACGACUCCGAAGAUGACACAGAAGAGGGGCCCACCUGCUGGGGGGGUACACCUCAGGCAGAUAAUUCCCAGAGCCCGCGAUCGUGUAGCCCCAUUCGCCGCCGUUCAGCUCGUUUAGAAGCGUUGUCGGAUUCGGCUGUAUCUACACCGCAGCCUUCGUUGAAAAGAGGCGCCGCAAAGGCGCCAUCUCCAGGAGAUGGGUGGUCGAGCCCAAGCCCCGCCAAAACUGCUCGCAUGCAUCUUUCUCCUCCUCCUUCAACAACAACAAGGAAAUUUGUUGACUGCGUUACUCCAGUGGGCACGCCGGCGUCCUGCCGCCCCCGAAAGCGUCUCAGGCACAGCUCUGCCACCUCCAUCGGCAUUCCCCAGGUCUGCCCCCCUGAAGAAGACACCUCUUCUCUGUCUCGAGCGAAAAGGUGCUCCCGUCCCUUGACUGUGCCUGGAGAGGGAAGCGAAGAGGAGGACACCACGAAAAGCGAACGUGGAGGAGGCAGGCUGCCUAGCAGGAGCACUAGUUGCAGCACCUCGCCCCUGAGAGCUGCUGACAGGAGGAGGCUGAGCACCGGCAGUGGCCUUAGGAAAAGUCAUGUACCGAGCAGCUCUUCACCUACAGCGAUCGCGAAUACAGAUGCUGUCUCUGGCAUCAACGAAUCCUCCCCGCAGCCUGCUGGCCAUCGUCGGCUGCGGAAGCAACAGCACGAACCGGCUCCAGAACUGCAGGAGCAAGAAAAGACGCAGCAUACGGAUCAAAAUCCCUUGGAGCCCCCCGCUGGCAUGCGCCCCUCUCAAAAGGAGCUUCGCCAGCGGCUGCACCAUCUGGCGAGAAAAGUGAGGGAGAAAAGCCUUAAAGCGCGGGGCCUUCACGCUCCCGAAGUUUCUGAGACAGAAGAGGAAAGCAAUGAGAGCAGUGCUUGCGAGAGAGGCGGGUCCAAGAAGGGCAUGUCAUCAUGUCGAAGGGCUCCACAAAGUGCGAGGAAAGCAUCCCGAUUCUUCUCCUACUCGAGAGACUUGCAAGAAGCCGCCUCAGACUCUGAAGAGAGCGCAGGCAGCUUCAUUGCCGACAGCCCUAAUGGGGGCCCCGAGCCGACCAGCGAAUCUGGUAGUGGAACGCCUGCAGAAGAAGCCCUUGAUUCUGAGAGCAGCGACAGUUCGGGAGACGAAGCCGUCAAAGCCUUGCGGUAUCACCACCGUUUGAUGGAAAUGCGCGGGAAAAAAACGCACGUGGAGCAAACGAUGAGGCUGAAGGAAUGCUUCCAGUUGUACGUGUACUCACUCGCCUUGAAUCUCUUCUCCCCCCAGCUGGGCUUGAGGCAGCUGCAAGACAGGGGGGGCCGCUGCCAAGGGGACGACGGAAAAAGACUCCUACUUGCAGUUUCCUCCUCCCCUACGGCCAGAGCCCUGAAGACCCUUAGCGAGAUGGAAAUCGGCCGGCUCGUGGCAAUGGAAACGCACGCCUUUCCUCCCGAGUGCAAGAGCCAGCUGAAAAGCUACGCGGAGUGCCGCCUCUCAGGAAGCCCAGAACUGCAGGGCGCGGUAACCCGCUGCAUCGUAUGCCGAAGGCAUGCAGCUCGCCAUUACUGUCUGGACCUGUUGGGGGCAGUAUACGACUCUGGUCCUGAGGCCCCCCCCGUACCUCGUAAGGAGAGGCCCAAGGGGUUGGUUGCCGCUUAUGAGGACCGAGAAGGACAGGAGCUCCCAGUUGGGUCAAAGUGCGGGAAGCAGGCAGCCUCAUGGCAUGACAUUCAUCACUACAAGGGGCGGCUGCUGCUCUCCAUACACGCUUUGCUGCGUUUGAGGCCCGUCGAGGAGCUUAAGGACCCCAAAGCUGCUGCAGCGAGGCUCCAGGAGGUGCGGCAAUGCCCUAGUGAGGAGCGCGGCGUAGACAACCUCUCAGAAAGCAAAGAUAUGCAUGCAGGGAUAAAGCUGCAGUUUUGCUCGCACGCUUGUAUCCGCUCCGUGCUUUUGCACAUCGCUCUUUUUAACUGCGUAGGCCUUGUAUAG